GCUUCGGACAUCAAUGUCGCUUCUCUCUUUAUAUAGGACUCUAUUAUAAACUAACCUUUAAGAUCCCUGUUGUCACGUGUAUGUAGUGUGAACCGUGUGAACGGUGUAAACCAGCGAAAACUAUUUAUGUUGUGCGAUUAUUAGUGUUAACUAAUCAAAAAGCACAUACCUUAUCGAAGAAAUGGGUAAAGGCAGAAAAAACAAACCGAGGAAGAAUUUUGCUGAAAAACGCCGUGAAAAACAGAAAAAAAAUAAUGAAUGGGAUAAUACUCCUCAUAGAAGUUAUGCGGAUAUUAUUCGGGAAAACAAGGAUUUUGAGAAUUAUUAUAAAACACAAGGAAUAGUGCCGGAAGAUAAAUGGGAUGCUUUUAUCAGCACUAUGAGGACCAAUUUGCCAGUUGCUUUUCGCAUUACUGGUUCAAAAGCCGAAACUAAAGCUUUAUUGAAAAUAAUUAAAAGUGAUUUCUUCAAAGGGAUUCUGAAUGCAAAUCUGAAUAAUAGUGAGGAUGAUAGUAAUAGUCAGACAAAAACUAUAUUACAUAGUUUACCCUUUUAUCCAGAGGAAUUAGCUUGGCAACUGCAGUUAACUAGGAAAGAUAUUCGAAGAUCGGAGGCAUACUUUAGGCUACACAACUUCCUUAUUGCUGAAACCAACAAUGGCAGUAUCAGUAGACAAGAAGUAGUUAGUAUGGUUCCUCCUUUGGUUUUGAAUGUUAAACCUUCGCAUAAGGUUCUUGAUAUGUGUGCAGCACCAGGAUCGAAAACUGCACAACUUAUAGAAAUGAUACAUGCAGAUGAGGGAAAUGAUCCUCCAGAAGGCUUUGUAAUAGCUAAUGAUCUUGACAACACUCGCUGUUACAUGUUAGUGCAUCAAGCUAAAAGGUUAAACAGUCCAAACAUUCUCAUUACGAAUCAUGACGCAUCAGUUAUGCCAAAUUUUAUGAUUACAAAACCAGAUGGUACAAAAGAUAUAUUGAAAUUUGAUAGGAUACUUGCUGAUGUUCCAUGUAGCGGUGAUGGUACUAUGCGAAAGAAUCCAGAUAUAUGGUGCAAGUGGAGUCCUGCUAAUGGCAAUAAUCUCCAUGGAGUUCAAUAUAGGAUAGCAAAACGUGGUUUAGAAUUGUUAACAGUUGGAGGAAGGAUGGUAUACUCUACAUGUUCAUUGAACCCUAUUGAAAAUGAAGCGGUGCUUCACAGGCUUCUUUGUGAGACUAAUGAUUCAGUACAAUUAGUUGAUUGUAGAGAUUUAGUACCAGGAUUACUAUGCGAUUCUGGUAUCACACAUUGGAAACCAGCAUCUAAAAAUUUACAAUACUAUAAUAGCUGGGACGAUGUGCCAGAACAGUGGCAGACACAAGUACGGCCAAAAAUGUUCCCUCCAGAAGCAAACGAAGCUUCUAAGUUUCAUCUCGAACGUUGUAUGAGAAUAUUACCUCAUCAUCAAGAUACUGGAGGUUUCUUUGUGGCCGUGCUGGAGAAAGUAAAACCUUUGCCAUGGGAAAGUGAAACUUGUAUAUUAAACCAAAACGCGCAAGAUACAGAUGUUAACGAAGAUAAGGAGAUGUACAUUCUUGAAGAAGAAGCUUUGCACGACAUAAAACAUUCGGAAAGUGGAAAGCGAAUAUUAGAAGGAGAAAAGAAAUCACGAGAGUUACAAAAGAAGCGGAGAAGAACUAUGGGUUACAGAGAAGAUCCAUUUGUCUUUUUCAAAGAUCAAACGGAAGAUGUAUGGCAAUCCAUUAAAGAUUUUUAUGGUAUAUCUGAUGAUUUAGACCCACGUUGUCUGUUAGUAAGAUGUCAUGAAGGAAAAAAGAAAAAUAUUUAUUUUACAUCGCCGGCAAUCCGUGAUAUAGUAAUAUCCAAUGAAAAAAAAGUAAAGAUGAUUAACACUGGUGUUAAAACAUUCGUGCGAUGCGACAAUAAAAAUAUGAAUUGCGCCUUCAGACUCGCUCAAGAAGGGAUGCACAGUAUUAUUCGUUAUAUAAGCGAUGACAGGAAGCUUCAAAUCUCGAAAGAAGAUUUAAUAAUGCUUUUACAAAAUGAUGAUCCACACACGCCGCCUGAAAUUGUAAAAUUAAACUCAUACACGCAGAAACGUCUCAAGGAAUUUGCAACUGGAAGUUGUAUAUUGUUAUACAAAGAAGAGAAGACUGACAAUCUAAAUCGCCUAAAUCUCCAACUAGUAGGGUGGAGAGGAACAAUGUCUCUCAGAGCAUAUGUGCCUACUUGUGACGCAAUUCAUUAUUUACGGCUUUUAGAAGCGGAUUGCUCCAAAUUUGAGAAAAAUAAAUUUGAGGAAAAUCGCACAGCCGCAUUAGCCGAUAAUGUCAACAACGGUGAUGUUAAAACUGAAUUUGAAACUGAAAUUAAUACUGAAGAUGACAAAGAAUAAAAAUAGCAUAAAUGAUUUCGAUUAAGAAAAGGAUGGGGGAGGAGGAAUAAUCUCACUGACCGAAAUCAGCAUACUCAUCAAUAUCACUGAAAAAUAGCGCGUCUCAUUGAUCAUUGAUAUAUUUAGUUAUAAGUGUAGCAUUAAAAUCUCAAACUAUAACUUCACUGUCAUCAAAUAAAUAAUACAUUCAUUCUGAUUUAGAAAGCAGGAAUAUUAUCACGACUUACAACUUUUCCCGUUCUUGCUUCGUGGAUUAUUUACACAUGGAUGUUCUCCCAUGAGGUGUUCCCUCCAUUUGUUUUGAUUGACUAAAGCAAAACAAAGGGGACAGCGUUCGUAUCCCUCUAUAGGUUCUGAAACAAAAAUCAAGAUUUAAAUUCUUGCUUUAUUUGAUUCCUAUUAUGUAAUAUCACGUCAUAUUGGAAUAGUAAAGCAAUACUUGUGCAUUUUU